AUGCACUUCCGCGACAACUCCAAGCGCGAGAAGUUCUUUGUCACCUACGCCGAGACUGCGACCAAGUGGAGAAGACUGGCCAUCUCCCUGGACUAUCGAAACGCCCCAGAAGGCUCGCUGGAAGAGGAUACGUUGGACGACAUUCAUUUCUACAACACCGUCACCAAUCUCAGAUUGGUGACUACCCCGGAGGAUGGACAGCUGCACGUCCAUGUUCGCGAGGACGUCAAUGAGAUUGUCGAAUACCCUUCCCUCUCGCUACUCCAGCACGUCCGUGUCCCACUCUAUCGUGAGAGCGAUGUCGAAUUCGUCUCUCAUCUCUCUGGUUUCGUGUACGAGGUGAACGUCGACGGCGACCAUUUAAUCAAGAAAGAGAUUCCGGGACCCGAUACUAUCGACGAGUUUCUGUACGAAGUCAAUGCUCUUGAUGCACUGUUCGACUCCGAAAACGUCAUCAAGCUUAGAGGAUUGGUCACCGACGAGAUAGGGACGGUCGUCAAAGGUCUCCUGAUCUCAUAUGCGACUCAUGGCGCGCUUGUAGAUGUGAUCUUCGCCGAUCAGGGCACUCCGGCACUCCCAUGGCACAGGCGGGAGAAAUGGGCGAAGCAGAUUGUCCAAGGCCUCUCUGACAUCCACGAAGCCGGGUUCGUGCAGGGCGAUUUCACCCUGUCUAAUGUUGUGAUUGAUGGGGACGACAACGCGCAGAUCAUCGACAUCAAUCGCAGAGGAUGUCCAGUCGGUUGGGAGCCACCCGAGCUGCAUCGCCUCAUUCGAAGUGGGCAGCGGAUUAGCAUGUGCAUCGGUGUGAAAACGGAUCUGUUCCAGCUUGGAAUGGUGCUCUGGGCCCUGGCGCAGCAGAUUGACGAUCCCGACCUCCAAGAACGCCCUCUGGCCCGACUUCCCAAUUUUGUUCCCCCGUACUUCCGAGACAUUGUGGAGACAUGCCUCAGCGAGCGGCCUCAAGAUCGAUGGAGUGCCAGAAUACUCCUUGAUGAGUUCCCGACGUCUCCCAGUCGGCCCUCGCACAACCACCUGUCGCUCUGA